CUCACAUUUCCUUCUUGUUAACUACUUCAAGCUUGCCGUUUCCCCCUCUCUCACAUUCAAGGGGCUUUGAGAAGGAGAUAUUCGAGACUCAACCGGCCUCAUAACAUCUCACCAUGCUAUGCAUAUAAACAGUCGUCGGCUUCUUCAUCAGUACUCGGUCCUGGUUUCCUGUUCUUGUGGCUUGCUCCGUGUGGCAACAUAGACGCGUACAUCGGCAUAUUUCGUUGACGAUAUAAGAACGAUGGCAGGCUCAGCCGACCCAUUAUCCGACGAGGCCAUGGCCCACCUGAAAAGCUACAAAUAUUCGAGUGUGGACAAAUCUCUCAUUUCCAACCAUAUUCUGCGGCACUAUUGGAAUGCCUCAGUCAAAUUGUUACCCAUGUGGCUAGCUCCCAACAUGGUGACCCUGCUUGGAUUCUUCUGCAUCUUGAUCAAUGUCCUGUUCAUCCAGAUCUAUAUCCCAGACCUGAUCGGACCAGGCCCAACGUGGGUCUACUAUAGUUUUGCAGCUGGUCUGUGGAUGUAUUCCACCAUGGACAACAUCGAUGGCAAACAAGCUCGACGAACCGGCACCUCAAGCGGUCUCGGCGAGCUGUUCGACCAUGGCAUUGACUCGCUCAAUUGCACGCUAGGGAGCCUUUGCGAGACGGCCGCCAUGGGCCUCGGACCCAGCAAGACUGGCGCUUUCACAGCCCUCGUGCCGUGCUUGCCGAUGUUCUUCUCAACCUGGGAGACAUACCAUACCCACACCCUAUACCUGGGUGCUUUCAACGGUCCAACUGAAGGCCUCAUCCUGGCGUGCUCAGCCAUGGCUGUAUCAGGCUACCUUGGCCCUCAAAUCUGGUCGUAUCGAAUUGCCGACUAUGUCACUAUACCUAAGGACCUCCCGAUCCCUCUUGAAAUUCCUGCGGACCUCACAUUCCGUGACCUCUGGGUCCCCAUAAUCCUCACGACGUUCUUUACCGCUCAUCUGCCGGCCUGCAUCUACCAUGUCGUCAAGGCCCGUCGCCGCGACAAUCUGCCGAUCGCGCCCGUCUUCCUAGAAUGGUUGCCCAUGGUCCUCUUCACGAGCAGUUGCUGCGCCUGGCUGGCAUCGCCACACUCGAUACUCCUCGCCGAGAACCACCUUCUGAUCUUCUGCCUGACUUUAUCAUUUGUUUUCGGCCGACUCACGACCAAGAUCAUUCUGCACCAUUUGACCCGCCGACCGUUUCCGUACUGGACAUCCUCGUUGGCGCCCCUGAUUGGCGGCGCGGUGAUGGCAUGGCUGCCACUCUUCGGCUUCCAGCGUGUGUCUCCUGUGGUAGAGCGCUGGUACAUCUAUGGUUAUUUUGUGUACGCUAUGGUCCUGUACUUUGCAUGGGCGGUUCGUGUGAUAAACCGGAUUUGUGCCGUGCUAGACAUCAACUGCUUGACCAUCAAGAAGAGGAAGAUCGACCUAAAAGAGGCCAAGGGCUUCUCCAACGAACUGAAGAGUACAGCGAAUGGCGACGUUCGCAGCACGAAGAAAGAACUGUGAUGCGCUCGAGACACGCGACUGUACCGCAUCCCAGACGGAGUCCAGAGUUAGACUACACCAACAUGUACAGGACUUGGAUAGAGAAGGGUGUCAACGUCU